AAAUAUGUGAGCAAUGAAAUGAACAUAACAAGGUGUGGAAAUUAAUAUGAUGUGAAGGCACAUCCCUCUGUAACAGGAUACAAUGGAUUUACUGAGCAGAAAAAGGAUAUUUAUAUUUGUAGUCCUUGUAGGCUUUACACAAGCAACUUCACCGUACAUCAAAGAUCCUGGUCCAGGCUAUACAUCAAUAACGGAAGAUUUCAGUGGCACUAUCUGUAGAUUUCAUAUUGUUGACACGGAUCAAGGGGACAUAAUAACUGUUAAACCGGCAGACGAUUUUACGGUUCAGUAUUUCAAUAUUGUUACUAACGGUGGAACAAAUGAUGUCUGGGUAAAUGUAACAGUUAAAAAACCUUUGGACAGAGAAACACUGGGCGGGAUGGUGAAGAUCAACCUUGUAAUACUAGACACACAACACGAUGAGGUUAAAUAUGAUCACACUGUUUAUAUCUCGGAUGUUAAUGACAAUCGUCCAGAGCUUCAAGAUUUGCCAUACACUUUAGAUAUAAAUGAGCAACCAUGCAACAGAACAACGGUUUACACGAACAUACAUGCAAUAGAUAAAGACAGUGGUGUAAAUGGUAAGGUUGGAUAUUCGAUGACGCCAAAGGCACAGUCACAAGAAUCGCGGAAGAAAUAUAGUGAGACAUUUUCAAUAGACCCAAAGACCGGAAGUGUAUCUUUAAACCAGUGUCUAGACUAUGAAAGUAAUAGCUACUAUCAAUUCAUAGUAACAGCAAAGGACUUCGGACCAAAUGGAGGGUUGAACAGUACAGCUGAAUUCAUUAUUCGUGUACAAGACGUCCAAGACAAACCACCAUUCUUUACUGGCAUACCAUACAGAGCAGAUAUCGACGAAAAUAGUGCCAAGGGGACAUUGAUCGUGCAAAUACAUGCUGAAGAUGGCGACCCAGGUGUAUCAAACAACGUAAAUUACACAAUUACAGACAGCACUUGUGGAGAUGUUUUCCAUGUAGACAGUUUCUCGGGUGAUAUAACAACAAGUGGAAACAUUGACUUGGACGCUGGAAAGGUCAAAAAUGAGUCGGGUAACUGCAUAAUCACCGUGCUUGCCGAGGAAAUUGAAUCUGCAGGUGAAGAACAAUACGGUAACACAACUGCUUCGACGCAUAUCACAGUAUCAGUUCAAGACGUAGAUGACAACCUUCCAUCCUUCGGUAAAAGUUCCUACCAUGCAACAGUACCCGAAAACACACCAAACGGUGUACCGCUUUCACUGAACGAAACAGUCAGUGUUAAUGAUAUCGACCAGGCGAAUAACGCGAGGAUGAAAAUUACACUGGAGUAUCCGAAUCAUUCAAGUUGUGAAGACUUCACUGCCUCACCACCGGUUGUUCAAGGAUUUGGAGAAAUUUUGAUACUUGUCAAGAACACAAGUUUAUUGGAUUACGAAAAGAUCCAGAAUAUAGUCAUCAAG